AUGGGUGGAGGCUUUUGGGCCCUUGCGGCGGGGUAUUUAUUUGCAUACUUCAACGCAAAGAGCAUAGAGGAGCGCAAGGCGCGGAUUGAUCGGGUGAACAAGCAGCUUAAGCACCUGUACGGCCCGCUUUUAUCCAGCGUCACGGCCUCGCGAUCCGCCUUUCACGCCAUGGUCAAGCAGCAUAGCCCGGACGGAAAUAAGGAGGCCUUCCAGGCUGCCGUACAAGCUAACCCUGACGGUCCCGAGGCGCGUAUGUACCGAUUGUGGAUGACGGAGGUGCUACAGCCGUUGAAUGAGCGAGCGGCGCAGUAUCCGGACCACCUUGUGGAUAUCCUCGGUAAGGAGUUCUCCCGAGUCAAGAAGCGCCAGGCCACGCUGCUCGGGGAGGGCUCGGUGACGGGGUUGAGAGCCAGGCUGUGA